CACAUGUAAUUUCCGUGCCUGCUGGGCUGGCCCAGGUUGGUUGCCUUAAUAUUUAAUACCGGCGUAAUUUUGUCUUCUACUCUCGCCGGUUACAUCUCUCUCUCCACUGUUUCACUCACAUCUCUCUCUCUAUAUAUACCGCAGCAUCUUCUUCACUGAUUCGUGGAUCAUCUACCUUGUCUUGUGAUGUCAGUAAACACUCUAACCGACCUCAUUAUGCUAUCUGAAUCUGAGAAGAACAUUGAGAAAUCCACUAAUGGGGGUUUUCACAAGCCUCAAAUUGAACACAAUGAGGGAAAUUAUGAAGAGAAAAAGAAAUCCGCUUGUCCCUUGGUCGAAACAUCUCCCAAUGGAAAUGGCACAGAGGCAGCCAUUGCAGAAGUGGAAUACAUUGAAUCUGAGAAUUUGGAAGAUGUUGAAGAUCUCAAUACAAAUAUUGAGAUUCUCAAAGGUGAGCUAGAGUCAAAAGACUGGGUUGUCGUUUGUGGGGCACUCAAUAACGUACGGCGGUUAUCACUGUUCCACAAGGAAUUGCUGUGCGACAUGCUGGAGAAUGUGGUGUCACUUGUUGUGAAAUCCUUGAAGAACCCAAGAAGUGCCGUCUGCAAAACUGCAGUUAUGACUUCAGCGGACAUUUUUAAGGCAUAUAAUGAUCGCAUCAUUGAUUCGCUGGAUCCACUGCUGGUCCAACUUCUUCUCAAGUCUUCACAAGACAAACGAUUCGUAUGUGAGGCAGCUGAAAAAUCUUUAAUAGCCAUGACUACCUGGGUCUCGCCAGUAUUGUUGUUACCCAAGUUGCAAAUUUAUCUUAAGCACAAAAAUCCUCGUAUUCGAGCAAAGGCGUCAAUGUGCUUUUGUCGCAGUUCACUACGACUGGGUUUUGAUGGAAUGGAGAAAUAUGGGAUUGACAAAUUGAUCCAUACAGCAGCAUCACAGCUCAGUGACCAGCUUCCCGAGUCCAGGGAAGCUGCUCGAACCCUUCUGUUGGAGUUGCAGAGUGCUUAUGAGAAAUCACAAAUCUCAUUAGCAGCUACUGUCUCUGAGAACCAAGAAAAGAAUUCUUGGGAGCAGUUCUGCCAGUCAAACCUUUCCAUCUUAAGUGCUCAAUCUGUCCUUCGGGCGACCAAUGUUGCAAGGGAGGGACUUGCUACGGGUACCUAGCAAGUAUGCAACUUUUAUCAAAUUAUAGUGGUUAUUAUCUCCUUUUGCUUCAUUAGCUUUUACUUGUAUAUACUGUGAAGUAUUGAGAUGUCUGAGAGGCUGUUGAAGCAUGUUGUUCAGCUAUACAUUCCUCGCUGGUUGAGUUUGAUAUAUACACAAUCUUAUGUUUGUUAAAA